AUGAAGGAGCGCGAGGAGGUUUUCUGGGAAGGAACGUGUGGCGCGCGCCAGAGCGGGGAACGGGAGAGCCGCUUUGGAAAGAGAGACAGCGGCGGGCUGGAGGCUCCCGCCGCCGCCGCCGCCGCUAUGUCUGACUCAGACAUGAUUCCGCGCUUCCUCUGA